ACUGUCCCAGUUUCUUUAAAACCACUUCGUCCAGAAUAAUCUUGAGUGCUGAGGCAGAGGGGGGGCGGUCCGAGCUAACUGCUAUCUUGCACACGUCGACUAUAAACAGGCAACGUCGCGUGACACCUGUCUUUGGCAAUCAUUUUCAGAAAAACGUCAACAACGUGAAAAGACGUGAAGGACACCUCGCAGCGUGUGGGAAGUUUAUAAAAGCGAGGACUAAAGCUUUUCUUAGCAAACGAGAUGUGUGCGAGAGGCUGUGCGGCAGACUGCUGACCAAGUUGACACGACGAAGAUUUGUAAACACACGAGCCUUUGAAACACAACGAAGCAGCACACUGUUUACUCUGAAUGAGAACGCCAGUGUCUUGACUACCUUGGUAAUCUUUAAAAGGCACUCAUGGCCCACCGUGUGCACGACCAGAGCAGCCUGCCUGUGGCCCAGGCCACGGUGUUGACCCUGCCACCGUCCAACCAAGCAAAGGACCUGAGGCCCAGGCUGACCCCCCUGGACUCCCUGUUGUGUGGUGCGUUUGCUGGAGCUGUGGCUAAAACGGUCAUUGCACCUCUGGAUCGUACCAAGAUCAUUUUCCAAGUGUCCUCUAAAAGAUUCUCAGCUAAGGAGGCCUUCAGGGUCCUUUAUUGUACAUACAUGAAGGAUGGGUUCCUCAGUCUGUGGAGGGGGAACUCGGCCACCAUGGUGAGGGUCAUGCCAUACGCUGCCAUCCAAUUCUGCUCCCAUGAACAGUACAAAAAACUGCUGGGGGACCGCUAUGGCUUCCAGGGCAAAGCACUGCCUCCUUUCCCACGUUUCCUAGCUGGCUCUCUGGCCGGUACGACCGCUGCCAUGCUAACCUACCCUCUGGACAUGGUGCGCGCCAGGAUGGCUGUUACUGCCAGAGAAAUGUACAGUAACAUCAUGCAUGUCUUUGUGCGGAUCUCCCAAGAGGAAGGUGUGAAAACCCUGUACAGAGGCUUUACCCCCACCAUCCUGGGUGUCAUCCCAUAUGCAGGAAUCACGUUCUUCACUUAUGAGACCCUCAAAAAACUGCACGCGGAAAAGACGAAGCGAGCUCAACCUUACCCUUACGAGCGCUUGGCCUUUGGUGCCUGUGCAGGCUUGAUUGGACAAUCGGCUUCAUACCCUUUGGAUGUGGUGCGCCGGCGUAUGCAGACAGCUGGCGUAACCGGCUCAUCAUACGUCACAAUUCUGGGGACCAUGCACGAGAUCGUAAGACAAGAAGGAAUCAGACGUGGACUGUACAAAGGCUUGAGCAUGAACUGGGUUAAAGGGCCCGUUGCAGUUGGGAUUAGCUUCACCACAUUUGAUAUCACACACAACCUCCUGCUGAAGUUGCAUCAGAUGGGCUACUCUAUCCACUGAGUCAUGAUGGAGCUGAAGAGGGACAAACAAUACUAGAGAAGACUGGCAUGAUGAAAGGGGAGGGGCUCUGUGACAUGGCUAAAACAAGUGUAUGCUCUGUGCAGGACCGUCCCCCUGCACACUCCUGUUCCCUACAGCUGUGAAAGAGUGGACAUGAGCUCUGAGAUCUGUUGUGCGUGAACACAGUAUUACAAACUUUGCUAAACGCACAGUCAGCGCUCGCUGUCGGAGAGGGUGAAGGUUUAAUUUGUUUAAUUGCUGUUCGCACAAUCAGACUUGGUGGUGAUAUGAUGGUACCGUCAGAAGGACAUACAUGAUGGCAGAGUGGCAGAAUUUUGUUAUUCAUGGUUGAUUAGGGAGGACUUUUACUUAAUGCUUGCACUUUAACACAUUUCUUUCUUUUUUCUUGUUUGGUUUUUGUUUUUUAACAUGGACCCAUUUUUAAUUUUAGAUUCUUUUUAAUUUGGCUAGAAAUUUCAUUUCUAUUUUAAUGAUGGUUUCUGUUCUGUUAAAGAGCCUGAUUAUGAGGGUUGUUAUGUGCAUGGAAAAAUUGAUAUUGAUGUUUUUCUGAAUUGUAUGAUGGUGCCAAUGCGUACUGAAUCUACGCUGUGGGAGUGAAUGAUUGUAGGAGGGUGAUCAUGUCAGCAGGACUGCACAGUUUCACUGUCUAUUAUUAUGACCUUCUAGUACCUCUGAUGUCUCAUAAGUGGAUGCUAAUCAAACAGAAAUAAAUAAAUAUAUAUAUAUUGUGUAUAUAUAUAUAUUUUGGUGUUUUUCCAUAUUAAGAUUUUUUUUUUUUUGCUAUUACUUGAUUGUAAAGCAAUUUAAGUCACUCAUGUUUCAUAUAAAACAAGUGAAAACUUUUCCUGCUCACGUACAUUUCUAAGAUAAAGUUUGUCCAAAGAUUCCAGUUUACAUGCCGACCUUGCAAUAAAGUGUCCAUUCACAGAACUGAGCGACGAGUCCUUUUGUCCACUUGAGGGAGCCAUGUGAUAAGAAGAUUAAACAGCAUCCGCAAUAAUGACAAGCAGUUUUAAAUUUGACACAGUGUGGUUGCAAUAACUCUUAUUUUUCUUUUUUUUAGGUUCACAUAAACCUUAAAUAGUCGUCUCUAUUUUCUUUUUUGUCUUAACUGUCCUGAAAACGUCUGUAUUUAUUAAUCUCAUCAUAUAGAUAUUUAUUGUCUGCUCUAGCCUCAUCUGAUUCCUCAAAUAUUCAUGGAAAAUUAAAAAUAUAGGCAAAUAAAAGGAUAAUAUCUAAUAAUGAUCAGGUGAAUUUGUAAUAUGCUGUUAAUGUACCACUUCUGAAUCAUGUUUUGAUUCAAUUUAUAUGUGUUGCAAUCACUAGACGGCAGCAUUGAGCAGUUCCUCCUUCCUGUGUGCUCUGGAGCAUUAUGGAGGUUAUUUAGGCGCUGAUCACCUCAUGGCCUACACUUGACCUGCUUUCUGUUCACUGAGACGCUGUCAGUUUUAUUUAAUGUGCAAAUGUAACAUUUUAUUUUGGAAAUUUCAAGCUAAAUUUCUUACUUGUGCAAAU